AUGGAAGAAAUGGAAAAAAGGUUUGCCUUCAAUGCGAGCAACGAAUGUGUUAGUGGUACACUAAACUACAACGAGUGGAAAUAUCGUGUUGCAUGUAGCUACAUUAAUUAUGCACCUAUACCUGUAUACGUCGCCAUUCUUAUUCUCCGAAGGCUUACUAUAUCUAAGAUGAACUACCAUACAUCCAUGUCUGGAACCACGAAACAGCUCCAUUCCCAACUACUGAAGGUGCUGACUAUCCAGGCCUGUUUGCCCAUGACGCUGUUCGUGUCCACCUUCGGAUAUUUUAUUUCCCAAAUGGAUAUAUAUCGUAAUCCUCUUAUAGAAUAUUCUCAGAGUUUUCUGGUAGUACCAAUUCCUGCACUAAAUGCUCUUGUAUCAUUAUAUUUCAUCGGGCCCUAUCGUAUGUGGAUAGGUGAUUCGCUUUCCUGCACGCACAUACCACCCUUCAAAUUGCGUAACAGCAACAUAGUGCCUGUACCCACUUAUAACGGUGCCGUUGCUCCUGCCACC